AUGGCGGCCAGCGCAGAGAUGUCCCCCGAGUGGGAUGCAAACCUCAACAGGCAAAUGGGACAGCUUUUUGUCAUGGGGUUCGAUGGUACCACCGUUGACCCCCAGAUACGCUCUCUUAUCGAAGACUACCAUCUCGGAGCCAUUCUAUUGACAGCCAAGAACUUGAAGUCCGCAGAUGACACCGCUAAGCUCGUCCUUGAGCUCCAGACUAUCGCUCGGCAGGCCGGCCAUCAGUCACCUCUGCUAAUUGGGCUUGACCAGGAGAACGGAGGCGUCAACAGCCUCUUCGAUGAUGUCUACAUUCGUCAAUUCCCCAGCGCCAUGGGGGUCGCGGCCACGGGAUCGAAGAAGCUGGCCAGGGAGGUAGCAAAGGCGACGGCGCAGGAGCUCCGUGCUGUAGGAGUAAACUGGAUCCUGGGGCCGGUGCUGGAUGUCCUGACGAACGGAAGAAACCAGCCAUUGGGUGUCCGCAGUAUUGGAGACGAUCCGCAGGAAGUGGCAGCAUACGGCGUCGAGUUUAUGAAGGGGUAUCAGGACGGGGGGGUGGCCACUUGCGGCAAACACUUCCCUUCGUACGGGAACCUGGACCUGCUGGCCUCGCAGUCAGACGUGCCGGUCAUUACGGAUACGCUCGAGCAGCUCCGGCUCAGCGCUCUCGUCCCCUUCCGCAGCGCAAUCACUCAAGGGCUGGACUCGAUGAUUGUGGGCGGGUGUUCGAUGAUGUCUCGUGGGAUGAACGUCAUGCAUGCCUGUCUGUCCGAAGAGGUGAUUGAAGACUUGCUUCGUUCCGACCUUGGCUUUCAGGGGGUGGUCGUAUCCGACUGUCUGGAGAUGGAGGCGCUGAGCAGCAAUAUCGGCGUUGGGGGCGGGACGGUGAUGGCCCUCAAGGCCGGAUGCGACCUGAUUUUGCUGUGCAGGUCGUUUACGGUGCAGCAGGAGGCCAUCAACGGGCUGAGGCUGGGGGUCGAGAACGGAAUGAUAAGCAAGGAGAGGAUACGGCAGUCUCUGGCGAGAGUGUCUGCCAUGAAGGCCAGGCGGACCAGCUGGGAGCACGCCCUGAACCCGCCCGGCCUCAGUCUCCUGGCGAAGCUGCAGCCUUCCCACACCAGCCUGUCGACGCAGGCCUACCACAAGUCAAUCACCGUGGUCAGAGACAGGGCCAACCUGCUUCCGCUCUCCAGCCUACUCGAGCCCGACGAGGAGUUGCUGCUGCUCACUCCGCUGGUCAAACCGCUGCCGGCCUCAGCAGCAGCGUCCCAGACGACGGCCUGUGGCGAACGCAGCCGGGAGUCGACGCACUCGAUCGAUGCCUCUUCGAACUGGGAGCGAGGCUCGAGUCCGGCCACCAUCAAGAGCGGAGAGGGCGUGUUCCGCGAUCUGGGCCGCUCGUUAGCCCGCCGGAGGAACGGACGGGUUCUGCACACGUCCUACAGCGCGAGCGGCCUUCGACCGAUGCACGAGAACCUGAUCACCCGAGCCAGCGCCGUGAUCGUCGUGACGGCGGACUCGAACAGGAACCUGUACCAGCACGGCUUCACCAAGCACGUCUCGCUCCUCUGCAGCUCGCAGAACUCGAGGAACGGCGGCUACCAGCGUCCGAAGCCCGUGCUGGUGGUCGCGGUGAGCUCACCGUACGACUUUGCGACGGACCAGUCGAUCGGGACGUACGUGUGCACCUACGAUUUUACAGAGACGGCGCUGCAGACGCUGGUCAAGGUGCUCUACGGCGAGCUGGCGGCGACCGGACGGAUGCCAGGGACGCUGGGCAAGAGCGUGCGGCGGACAAGCCAGCCACACCAGCACUGGCUGGUGGAGACGUGGAACGAGGAGCGAGACUCUGCCGCCCUGGACGCGCUGCUGGCGUCGAUACGAGACGGCGACGGGCCCAACCGCGGCGAGCUGGCCGGCGUGACGGCGGACACGUUCCUGCUGAGGAACGCGGAUGUGACGGAGUGCCAUCUGGUGGUGAGGAACAGCAGCACGCACGCGAUCAACGGCUUCUGCACGACGUACUUCUUCCAGUCGACGGGGACGGGGGUCAUUGGGGCGAUUCUGGUCGACCCGGCACGACGCAAGCUGGGCAUCGGCAGCUCCCUCCACGCCCGCGCGAUCCAGACGCUGACACAGCGGCCAGGGGUAAAGCACCUGCAGCUGGGGUCUCGACUGCCCGGGAUAUACCUUGGCAUCCCCAGGGCGGACCCGGUCGAGCGGAGAAAGCUCCGGCGCUGGUUUGCGAGCCUGGGGUGGGAGCUGGCGCUCUCGCGGCCGAUGUGCUCGCUGGUGCUGCACGACGUGCAGAGCUGGACGCAGCCGGAGGGCCUGAAGCGGUCGCUCAGCAGCUCGACGGAGGUGGAGUACGACCUGGUGUUUGGCUGGGAGUACGGGGAGGCGAUCGUGGACCACGUCAAGACGAGCUCGCGCCAGGGGGUCGCGGAGACGUACAAGACAGCGCUGGCCGGACGACCGCACUGCGGCAUCAUACGGGCGAAACGACAGGCCGACGGGGCGAUGGUGGGCAGCGUGGUGGUGUACAACGCCCUCUCGUCGCUGGCGCGGGUGGCUCCAGCCGUCAAGGACGCUCGCGUGCGAGCCGGAGGCAUCUCGUCGCCCGUGAUAUCUCCUUCGGUCGGAGAAUACGCAACGCUCGUCCAGGGCCUGAUCGUGCUGGGCAUCAAGGAGAUCCGCAAGCAGGGCGGAGACACCGUCAUCCUCGACUGCGUGAGUCUUUCUCCAUCUCUUUUCUAUCGCUUCUCCGUCUCUUCUCCAUCUCUUCUCUAUGGCUUCCUCUGGCCUCCACCUCCCCAUAUCUGCCUUGUCCUUCUCGUCCCCUUUCUCCAUGCCGUCCGUUCAGGCCCUCUGCACAUCCUUGUCCGUCGAAUCAAGAUGCACCAAAUUACGAAAACGACCCGAGGCUAUCUUGGGUCGAAGCAUACCUCGAUUACAGCGUACUGA